CCACCGAUCGAUCUAUCCCCGGAAGCGGUUCGAGCGACUGUGCUAUCGUAUGCGUCUCAGUUCCCGUCGACAGCGUCAGCCCUGACUGCAGUGACAUCCGACACGCCCAUCCCCGACGCGAAACUGAGUGCCGAGCUGGCCUCCUUACUGCCCAAGAUGAAGGGUAUUCAAGCAACACAGAUGGUGCAGGAGGCUGAGAUCGCUGAGCUGCGGGCAAGGAGCGAACGAGUAGUCAAGGCAUGGUAUGAAGGGGGCGUUUUGAGGUACGGCCGCUUCGUGGCUGAUCACGAGGGAAGAUUGGAAAAGGUGGAAAGAGGUCUGCGGAGGAUCGAGAAGGAAAGGGAGGAACCGCCGCUUUGA